AUCAAUCACGGAUCACCGACCGCACGCCGCACGCGGCCUCUAUAAAACGCGCGCACCGCAGCCGCGAACCCCACACGAUCCGUCGCAGAGGUGACCCACCAAGACUGCUCCUGCUGCUGCUGCCUCCCAUCGAGAACCUGCACCAACCCCCUCCCUCCUCCUCCUCGACAAUGGACGCAGUCAGGAGCUGCUGUGGAGCGCUGGCGGUUCUGGCCCUCGUAAUCGCGGUCCACCUGGUGCCGGCCUCUGGGGCCAAUUGGGAGGAGUACGACGGGUCGCUCGCAUCCAACCAGGACGUCAUCCUGAGAACGCACAACGAGGUGCGGCGCAACGUCAUGCCCAGCGCCGCCAACAUGCUCAGAAUGGAAUGGAGUACAGCUGCGCAGGCUUCAGCCCUGGAAUGGGUCCAAACCUGCAACUUUUUCCACAGGACCACCGAGCAGCUGGAUUUCGACGGAAUACCGUCCGGUGAGAACAUACUAUUUUCCAAUACACUUUAUCCGUGGGACGAGGCAAUCAAGGUCUGGGUCGACGAGGUCAACAAUCCAGGAUUCGACUACGGGAAGGGGCUGCGGAACCCUGGAAUAGUGGGACAUUACACGCAGGUCAUUUGGUACAGCACCUACCAAGUGGGAUGUGCCAUCAACUACUGCCCGGAGAAAGAGUACAAGUACAUGUACCUCUGCGAGUACCGCCCUAUUGGGAACUGGAACAACCGGCUCACAAAGCCGUACAACGAGGGCCCGUCCUGCCAGGACUGCCCCAACGACUGCGACGACAAACUGUGCACGAACCCGUGUCCGUACUUGGACAAUUACAUCAACUGCUGGCUGAUGAAGAUGAUACUGGGCUGUGGGACGACCUUCUUUGGCCAGUAUACGAUGACGCACUGCCCCGCGACCUGCCAAUGUACCAACAGGAUCCACUGAAUCGCCAAUGAAAAAUGGCGUGCGCAAUGUAAUAGUUCACAUCGGAUAUUUAGGACUCUAUAUAUAUACUCUAUGUACGUUGCACAUUAAAUUUCAGAGACUGCUGGGGGAUGAACCCACGGCUGAAUUUGUGCAAUUGAGCACAAUUCCACAUUUUUAUCCCAGUUUUGCGAUCGGUGUCACGUAUUCAUGAGUCGAAGAAUAAUUCGUAAACGUCACAGGGCAGUGCCACCCCCCCUACAGAAGCGGAUGUCAUAGAGCUACUUCUUCAAGUGACCUCUGCGCUGUACACACAGUGGAGGAGAGCACUUUCCCACCCGCUCUGCCACAUGAGAAUAAAGUUUGUCACAUGGUCAAACUAAACAUUUUUAGACCGAAACAGGGGGAGAAUUUCUCCACAAUCCUGGCUGUCGCCGACUGAGGCUGGUUGUAAUUACCGGGGAAACAUCACAGUACUCGAAUUGUAAAUGUUAUUGUGGGUUUACUCUCCAGCACACCGGUGUGCUGAACUAGUAUACUACACUAUUCACUACACUAUAUACUACAUUACUAUACACUAUACUAUAAUUGGAAUUGUUGUAGUGGGUUUACUCUCCAACACACCGGUGUGCUGAAUUUGGAUACUACACUAUACACUACAUUACUAUAUACUACACUUUCCUGAAGACGACCGCUUGUGUUGCGACCGAAACGUCGUAGUUUAUUUUUUGUUAUUUUCUUGACCCUAUUUACGUGACUUUACCGAAAGACCCAAGAAUAUGUCAUUGUUGUAGUGGGUUUCCUCUCCAAUACACCGGUAUGCUGAACUAGUAACUAUUGGCCACGUUCUGUUUCCGUGAUAAACCCCUUACUUAUUGGCUGUGUCGUGGUGGCGGAUUUAACAAUACGUUUAUGUUUACGCGAUCUAACCCAAUAAAACCCCACUAUUAUGAAUAAUAUUGGUCGUGAAAGGCUACGUGUUGAACUUUAGAACUGGAACUUAUCAAACAUCGAGCGAGGAC